AUGCUGCUUGCAAGUAGACCGGAUCAGAUCGACAGAUUUUGUGACAAACCACCCCACCCAACCACUUCGUGUAAUCCACAGACGGACACCGACGCGACCUUUAUAUUUAAAGACAGGUUACAGCCAGGCUCAUCCUACUUCAAAGGUUGUCCAAUCUCUGACUCUCUCUCUUUCCCUAUCUAUCUAUCUAUCUAUCUAUCUAUCUAUCUAUCUAUCUAUCUAUCUAUCUAUCUAUCCCAUUAUCUAUCUAGUCAUCAUUUCCAUCAUCUAUCUAUCUAUCUAUCUAGUCAUCAUUUCCAUCAUCUAUCUAUCUAUCUAUCUAUCUAUCUAUCUAUCUAUCUAUCUAUCUAUCUAUCUAAUUUCAGUCUCUCAUAUCUAUCUAUCUAUCUAUCUAUCUAUCUAUCUAUCUUUCUAUCAUUUCCAUCAUCUAUCUAUCUAUCUAUCUAUCUAAUUUCAGUCUCUCAUAUCUAUCUAUCUAUCUAUCUAUCUAUCUAUCUAUCUAUCUAUCUAUCUAUCUAUCUAUCUAAUUUCAGUCUCUCAUAUCUCUUAUAUCUACCUAUGUAUAUAUCUAUAAAUAUAUAUGUCCCUGUGAUCCAUGACUUUUCAAAAGGUGCUUCCUGCCUUCACCAUUCCUAUUUGUAUUGUUCUGCCACCGUUUUCUUUAAAGUUGAGAAAUCGUUUAUUCGAUGA